AUUAUUUUUCAAAGCUCACACGCGACACGGAAGCCGUUGCACAAAGUGUGGCAAUAACACACACACACACACACACACACACAGCCUUUCAAGGCGAGCUUAGAAAAAAAGGGAGAUAUUCGCCAAGCGCCCGGCCUGGCUCUCGGAGGAGGGGCGGAGAGGGUCCCCGGCAGCCCCUUCCCCGCAAGGCUCGGCUUGAAGCAGCGGCUUCCCCCGCCUGAGAGGACAACGCCGAGCCGGGGGUUGGGCGGCCGCGCGAGGCAGCAGCGCCUCAGGCUUACCGGGCUCGCCUUCUCCUGAGGCGGGCUUCGCGUUUCUUGCCCGGUUCCCCUCCCGACCCCCGGCGCCAGCAAUGGAGCGCUCCGAGGCCUACUACUUCUCGGCGGCGCUCAGCUGCGCCUUCCUCGCCUCGUGCCUGCUCUUCUCGGCGCUCAACCGACAGCAACGCUCGCCCUACAUGGACGAGGCCUUCCACGUCCCUCAGGCGCACGCCUACUGCGAGGGGCGCUUCCAGCAGGUAGGUAGGCCGCGCGAGCCGCGGGGAUAACCGAACCGCCUCUCUUUGCCACGGCCGCCUUCCUCGCCCUCUUUUAUCCCCGGCGACUAAAAGGGUUUGUUCAGGGGUGGCUAGGUCCAGGGGGGGCGCGCCGGGCCGCAGCUGGACUACAACUCCCAUCAUCCCUCUGCGUGGCUCUUGAUGGCGGGGGUUGAUGGGAGAUGGAGUCCGACGAGCCCCCCCCCUACUUUCACCUGCUCUUAAGACGCCCGCCUUGAGUCAAAGCAGAGGGGUAGUUUGUCGGAUCUUGUAGGUUUUAAACCUCACGCACGUACCUUUCCAUUUAUGAUUUGCAGGGCAUCUGUCAAGGGGUGCAGGGAAGCCUAUGCUUAAUAAUAAUAAUAAUAAUUUCAUUAUGUAUACCCCGCCCAUCUGGCUAGGUUUCCUCAGCCACUCUGGGCUGCUUACAGCACAUUAAAAAAUUGUCAAGUAUUGGAUAUUAAAAAUUUCCCGAUACAGGGUUGCUUUUAAUGUUUAAUAGACUAUUGUAUUUUUGUGUUUUGUUGGAAGCCGCCCAGAGUGGCUGGGGAAACUCAGCCAGAUGGGCAGGGUAUAAAUAAAUUAUUAUUAUUAUUAUUAUUACUACUACUACUACUACUCAAGCCCUGCAAAUCCGAAUUUGGCCAUCAGGGUUUAGAACUAGGGUUGCCACUUUUGUUCUGGCAAAAUACAGGGCGGGGCGGGGUGGGGCAGUUGGGUGAUUAUCAGUGCUUUUUUCCCUUAAAAAAUGUUUAGGGAUACUCUCAUUUUCAUACUGAUAUUGAAAUAUUGUCCCUCAAUGAGGCCAAACUUAGAUUCACAAAAUGUUUAAGGGUAUGCAUCCCCCCAGAAAAAAGCACUGGUGAUGAUGAUGAUGGUGAUUUUCCUCCCCUAAGUGACUUCAAAGCAAUCCAUUGCCAUCUAUUGCAGCCUUUUAGGGUGGCCCGUCUGGAAUUUGUCGCAUGCACACACAUACACAUGAAUUUGUAGAUCUGUCCGUGCUUAAAUGCACAGCUUUUCAAACAUGUGCCUUGGGAGAGGAUCUCUAACUUGGCAAAGAGAGGGGAAGACCUGAAAUGCAGGACAAAACUGUUACUGAUACAGGACGUAGAAUUUUACAUUGAAAUAUGGGGCAAUCCUGUACUAUACAAGACAGGUGGCGAAGGACAACUUCUGUUAUACAGCGAUAAGAUCUAAAUCAUGUGUGUAAAUGGGCUGCUUUCAGUCUGCGAAGCUCUUCAUGUGUUUCACUUUCCCAACGGCACCGCAAGGUCUUGAUGGUGCCCAGUUGUCCUCCCAGAAUUCUGAUUUUUAAGAUAAGCGCUGGGGCUCAAAGUGCCCCCAAACUGUACCCUUUGAUAGUCCACCCCCAAUUCCAACCCUAAUUAGUGAGGAAUUGUACAAUGCAAUCUGCUCACAUUCAGAGACUCCUCCCUUUAUAAAAAUCAAUUUACAUGUUUCCCGUCUGAGCCCUGGCAUGGGAAACAGAUUCUGGAGCUGCAUCGGUGCUGCAAUUGCAGUUCCUCAGACGCUCCAUUUCCCCCCUUUAUUUGUGCAGCCCAAGGGAUUACAGUCCUAAUCUUUCUAAAUCCUUCCCUGUCCACUUUACUCUCCCCCUCAACUAUCCCCAGUAAGUCUGCAGCAGCAAUCUGUGCGCAUCAUACAUGAACAUCGAAGCAGAGCGCAUUAACAACACAAUUCUAUACAUGGGUACUUAGAAGUAAAUCCCAUUGAGUUCAAUUGGGCUUACUCCAAAGUAAGUGAUACAGGAUUGUUGUAUGAGGCAAAAUUCCUGCCUACAGUUAUUUCUAAGACGCAGUUAAUUUAUACAUAGGGUCCACUUACAAGCCUUCCUUCAGAAAUAAUAGCAUAAUUUCAGUGGCAGCUUACUUAUAAAAAGGUAUAUGCGCUUAAAAAUGGUAUAUACUUUCAUUAAAUGGAAUAUGAAACAUCACUCAGAUCUUGCUUCACAUCCAGUGACUAUUCCCACGCAAGUUGCCAUUUUCCUAAUCUAAGUAGCAAUGGGUAAUAAAUAGAAUAAUCGUUAGACUGCACAAGUUCUUCUCACCAAAACAGAAUGUCUAGUUGCCAUAUGGGGGCAAGACAGCUCUAAAGUCAUAUUUUUCAAAAAAGAUUGGCUGACUGCGAUUGAUUAUCCGUUAAGCAUCUGGCUAGUUCUGAUGAAACCUUGAGCUAGGUUAAGAACUUUGGGAACUUAAAGAAGAAAAUUCACGUUAUCCAGGGACAGUCCACAUAUAUAUUGGCCCAUUCCUACCUGUUAUGAUCAAUUGUGAUCAGUUGAUCAGCGCUGAGAGGGAACCCUGCUUGCAAAGGAACAAUGAGGACCUCACCUUAUGCAGCCAGUUGCUAGCUGCACCCAUACCUGCAUCACACGUGACAUCAUAUAUAUGAUGCCGGCUGUGGGGCAGAGUGGCAGCUUGUGGGAACUGGCCUCAAGUGUCAAAUUCGGACCUGUGCCAGCCUAGUUAGGCCAGCUGGCUGGCAGUUCCCCAUUGCUGCCCAAAUAGCUUUUAUGCAGGGAUUAGCACAUAUAACUUUUCUAGCCUGUUGCGACUGUUUGGCAGUAAGCAUGCAGUGGUGCAGAGAUCGGCUUUACAUGGACUUAGCGGUUGGGAUAGUCAGAAAGGGACAAAUUUUUAUGUCAGGAAAAAACACACUAGAUUCUUGGCUAGCGGUUCAGAAUGAGCUAUCAGAGACGUUUCAGAAAUGAAACCCAGUUGCCUAUAUGAGACAGCUAAGAGGAUGCAAGGGCCAGUUCACCCAUAACACUAGAUCAUGAUUUGGAAACAAGGCUUAAUUUGUAAUUUCCCAGUUUGUACCCAGCACUGUUUGGCAUUAAGGGUUAGCCAACUCAUAUAGUUGAAUAUUGACAUAUCAAAUUGUAUAGCAUACAGUGGUACCUUGGGUUACAUAUUCUUCAGGUUACAUACGCUUCAGGUUACAGACUCCGCUAACCCAGAAAUAGUAGAAGAAGAAGAAGAGUUUGGAUUUGAUAUCCCGCCUUUCACUCCCUUUAAGGAGUCUCAAAGCGGCUAACAUUCUCCUUUCCCUUCCUCCCCCACAACAAACACUCUGUGAGGUGAGUGGGGCUGAGAGACUUCAAAGAAGUGUGACUGGCCCAAGGUCACCCAGCAGCUGCAGGUGGAGGAGCGGAGACGCGAACCCGGUUCCCCAGAUUACGAGACUACCACUCUUAACCACUACACCACACUGGCUACCUCAGAUUAAGAACUUUGCUUCAGGAUGAGAACAGAAAUCGUGCUCUGGUGGCGUGGCGGCAGCGGGAGGCCCAUUAGCUAAAGUGGUGCUUCAGGUUAAGAACAGUUUCAGGUUAAGAACGGACCUCCGGAACGAAUUAAGUACUUAACCUGAGGUACCACUGUAUAAGAAUCAGCUAAAUGGAAUUCAGUUAAGAAGGAACUUCGUCUUCUGUUUAAACAAAAAUUCUAAAACAUGACUUCGGCAGACUGCGUCCUUAGCAAAAAAAAAGUGACACAUAUGACGUGCAUUUCAUUUUCGAAACUGCCAAUGUAAUGUGAAUCAGGGAUUUUCAUCUCUCUCCCAAGAUGAUUAAAUUUCCCAUAUACCUGGAACACUAAUUUCUGCACAGGGAGAUGUACAAAUCUCUGUUUCUCAAAAUAAUAAUAAUAAUAAUAAUAAUAAUAAUAAUAAUAUACAUGGGAAUAACAGAAAGAGGAAGCAGGAGUUUAAUUGAAUUCAUUAAUUUUGCAUUCUGUUUUUCUAAUUAUAAAAACACAUUUCUGAGCUGUUUAAUUUUAUUGUCUUUCUGUUCUCUCUUUUUGCAGUGGGACCCCAUGAUUACUACACUUCCUGGUUUAUAUUUGGUGUCAGUUGGAAUUGUGAAACCUGCAGCGUGGCUCUUUGGGUGGUCUGGAAGCAUAGUCUGCUCUACAGGAAUGCUCAGAUUCAUCAAUCUUCUGUUCAGCAUUGGGAACUUCUAUUUACUAUAUUUGCUUUUUUGCAGGAUGCACCAUAAAAAGGUACAGUGCAAAUGUAUCACACUUAAAAGAGUGUCAUUCCUAUACACAGUAGCACCAUUAAUGUGUCAGAGGCUUGGCAAAACUCUGAACUCUUCCAUUAUGAUGUAGCUGCAUUUUAUUCUGUUUCUGCAAUAACAUUUGGAUCUUCCCAGCAUCUUAGAUUAUGUUGCCUUCCUGUUUUUCUAAAAGCAAGUACUUUUAGAAGCUUUUUGCGCACGUGGCAAGCAAAGACUUAUGCAUGUGCUUAAUAUUACACCUGUGACUACAAGUCACAUUGGUCUUUCAUAGGCUUGUAAUGCAGUCAUAAGGACUUUUUAAGGAUUUUUGGAGGGUUUACACUAUGUUAUGUUCAGGAUCUUAGCAAUAUCCAUUUUGGGUGCAAUCCUAUACAAGUCUACUCAGAAGUAAGAGCCAUGUAGUCCCAGGUAAGUGUUUAUGGGAAUCCAGUCUUACUCUUGAUGGGUCAUUUGGUCAGAAAUGUGGUUUUACUAGGGUUGCAGCGCUUGGUAGAUUAAUUGGUUAGGAUUAACCAGUUAAAAAAUAAUAGUAAGCGAAAAAGUUAUCCCCUUCCAUUAAUCAGGCAACGUAUUUUUUAAAAGAAAAAAUAUGGUUCUAAAUUUUAACCUCAUUGAAGUCAGUGGGAUUAAUUAAUUUUAUAAUGAAUGAUUUUAGAGUGUUGUUUGUGCUGUACUUUUGUACUGUUUUAUUGUUGUUAGCCGCCCUGAGCCCGGCUUCGGCUGGGGAGGGUGGGAUAUAAAUAAAAUUUAUUAUUAUUAUUAUUACUAUUAUUAUUAAGCACACCCAAUUCUCUGUUAGAUUUAGGCCAUUAUUUUUAAAAUACAAAUGCUUAUAUAAACUGCAAAUUACAAACACCCUCUUAGAACAGGGAUUCUUUGUGCCUGUGAGAGAAAAGGAAAUCCUUUUUUUUUUUAAGAGAAUGCCUAAUGUUACAUAUGUGAGACCUCCAGGUAUAGGACAGUAUAUAAAUUCAAAGGAGGAGGAGGAGGAGUGGUGCAUCACUUAAAAACAAAAAAGCAUGCUUCUUGCUUCAGAAGUAUUGUUUUUAUCAAUGCAUGAUUUUAAUCAGAACAUUAAUCAAGUGACAUGCACUUGAUUAAAGAUGAUUUAACUUAUUUAAUCAGUUGGCAGUUCUGUUUUUAGCAGUUGAAAUCCUGGAAGUUACCUUAAAACAAAAUGGUUUGCGACAAAUGAUUUGAGAUGCCUGUCCAAUUCGGUGGUGUUUGCGCAAACGAAGUUUCCAGUGGUUGUCCAUUUUGUUAUUAAUUCAUAACGGAAGCAACAGUCCUAAUUAUUAUUUUUCUUCGCCCUUUCUAGGCUGCCUCUGGAUUCCAGAGAAUUCUGUCAACCUUGACGCUCGCAGCAUUUCCAACUCUUUAUUUUUUUACGUUCCUUUAUUAUACCGACACAGGCUCAACCUUUUUCACUCUCUUUGCUUAUUUAAUGUGCCUUUACGGCAAUCAUAAAACGUCGGCCCUGCUUGGGUUCUGCGGCUUCAUGUUUCGUCAGACCAACAUUGUAUGGACUGUGUUCUGCGGAGGAAGUGUCGUUGCACAAAAACUAAGCGAGGCCUGGAAGGCAGAGCUGUCGAAAAGCAAAGAGCAGAAGAACUCGCCUGCGAAGGGAUCCUUUUCAGAACUCAUCAAACUCUUCAGGUUUCUCCAGGCCUACCUCAUGUCACUUAAAAACCUAACCACUCUCUUUCUCUUGACAUGGCCGUACAUCAUGAUGGCGCUGGUUUUCUUCACUUUUGUGGUCCUCAAUGGCGGCAUUGUCGUUGGCGACAGGAGCAGCCAUGAAGCCUGUCUGCAUUUCCCCCAGCUUUUCUACUUCCUUUCUUUUACUCUUGUUUUUUCCUUUCCUCACCUAGUAACCCCAGGCAAAAUGGUCAGUUUUCUCCGUUCCGUCCAGAAGCAUUUUUUGCGAUACAGCAUCCUCACCACCGUCUCUCUAUUCCUCGUCUGGAAGUUUACGUUUGCUCACAAAUACUUGCUUGCAGACAACAGGCAUUACACAUUUUACAUAUGGAGAAAGAUCUUCCAAAGACACGAACUGGUGAAGUACAUAUUAGUUCCAGUCUAUAUAUUUGCUGGCUGGAGUUUUACGGAUGCACUGAAAUCAAAAUCUGUUUUCUGGAAUUUGGUAUAUUUUUUAUGUUUGUUUGUUGUCACAGUUCCCCAGAAGCUGUUAGAGUUCCGUUACUUCAUUUUGCCAUAUAUCAUAUACAGGCUGAAUAUUCCUGUGCCAUCGCUUUCUAAACUUUUCCUGGAAUUGGCUUUUUAUAUUUUGGUGAACGUGGUGACUUUCCAUAUCUUUUUGAACAAACCUUUUCAGUGGCCGAACAGCGAGGAAAUCCAAAGGUUUAUGUGGUAAUUUUGGACGUAUGGGAUGACUCAAUUCUAGGACUUUUCCUGCAGCAAAUAAGGGUCUGCAGGCUUUGAAACUCUACCAAGGAAAAAAGAAACAUUCUGGAUGUCUGUAACUGGCAGUGAAUGUGAAAUCUGAUGCACUGUUUUUGCAGAUAUUGAAAAGCCAUUUUUAUACAGUUAAAAUCCUGGGAAUUAAUAAAUAUAAGAUCAGGGAAAUUAAACCACAAAAAACUAAUGUGAAUAAAUUUGUUUACAUCAUGCUUGCUAUGUUGCAGGGGCUAUAAAUCUGGGAUGCUUUCAGUAGAUCUAUGUGUGUUCCUAGCUGUAUGCAAUGAAAAAAUGGAAAACAGUGGCAUAGCUUAAGUCCAAUAGGCUAAUUUUCGAUAUGGUUCGUUUACUGCAAUGCGGCUCCUAAACAUAGUUUUUCUUGGUGAGGAUGCCUUGUUCCUGCGCUUGUGCUAACAAGAAUUCAGAUUUUACUACUUGGACAGCAUGUCUUCUCCAAAAUGGGUUGAGUCUCACAUAUCAAUACGUUGAAGCUCAUUUGCAGGAACUGUUCACCAUGGAGAAAUUUACGCGUGAAAGUUAGUGGAUGACGAUGACCUUUACUGCAACCCAAAUGAACCUGGAAAUGGGGUUUCAGGAAUAAAAUGGCAAGAAUAAAGAACACUGAAAUCUACUGUGGGCUCAAGGACCACAGUUGAUUUACACAUCAUGCAAUUAACCUAAUCUGCAUGUCACUUAACAUGCCGGAUGCCAGACUGAAGUUCUGAUGAAAGCAAUGAAGUUUAAAGUAUAGCUGAGUAUUUUAAGGUUGCGUUCCUAUGCACACUUUCCUAAGUAAGCCCCACUGAACACAGUGGGUCUUCCUUCUGAGCAUGCAUAGGGUUAUGCUACAAGGUUUUAAGUCUAAUAACUUAUCAGAAAGUUCCAUUGAACCCAGUAGAGUUGUGUGUUUUUUUUAGCAUAAACACCCUUAAGACUUGAGUGGUUCAACCUUCCUUGUCUCAAUGCCUUGCCCAACUUUUGCGCCCACUGCAUUGAUUCUGCAAUGUUUUGAGAAUUUUGUAUCCAUUGAGGAUGAACAGGCAAGAAUUUCCAAGGGCUGCCUCCAUUUGUUCGCUUUCAGUGUAUGCCAGUACCCUAAACGUUGUAGAAUUAUCUUCCUUAUUGUUUCUAUGCUUGCUUUUGUUACUUUCUGCUAUUUCGUAAUUAUGGCAGCUGGAAAUUUAUAGUUUCUUUUUAAAAUAAAAUCACGGGUUCCCCAUCUCUCUCCUAAGAUAGAGCAGGGUAUAUACAUUUGCCAAUCCAUUCCGAUAACCUUGGGCCUCCAGCUGUUUUUGGACUACAACUCCCAUAAUCCUCAGCUAGCAAGACCAGUGGUCAGGGAUGAUGGUAAUUGUAGUUCGAAAACAGCUGGAGGCCCAAGGUUGGGAAACACUAGAAAUGGGCUCCAAGCAGUUCUAAUGUGAAAUAACAGGAUGAAAUUUAGCAAUGAAAGAUUUUGAACUUUAAACCAUUUCCAAGCAAAUGCCAUUAAAUAUCUACAUGAUAAAUAAUACUAAAAAUAUUUCAAAAAAUCUGAUUAACUUUAGUGGCUGAUGUCCAGAGUACAGGGCUUCAGAAUACAACAUGAAUUUUCCUUAUUGGUUUAACAGGAACAUCUUAUGCCAUGCAGGAUGUGAACAUUUUAAAUUGAAACACAGGCCAAAAAGAAUAAAUUACUUAGCUUACUGGUUUAAUAAAAAUAAGAUGCAGCUGAAGUUUCCUAAUCAAGGUUCUUGGAGGAAUAAACAAAGCAAUAAUGAGCUGUUUGUUAUUGCUUUCAGCAAUAACACUAAUCUGCUUUUUGAGAUGAGUCUUGUGGGUUUGAUUGGAGUCUUUUGGAAACGCAGUUCAGAAACUCAAAAGGCAAUAGUACAAAGAUAACUGGCAUUGUUCAUUGCUUCUAUUAAUUGUAAAUGAAAUCCGCAGGGCUUCUGAAAUGAUGCGCACAACUUACAAAAGAUUGCAAAAUGAGCAUCUUCCUUAUUAUCACGAACCUUUUAAAUUUACCGUUCUUCAGCGUGCCAGUAUAAUUGCCGCUUGUGGUUAAUACAAAGUUUUGAUUCAUAAUUCUUCAUUCCCAUUCCAGCCACCACUAGGAAUAGGCACUGGUGCCACAGAGCAUCUCUCCAUGCUGCAGAAAUGCAACACCGAACUGAUCCUGCAGCUUCGAGUGCUGGGGAAAUCUCUUUCAAUAGUUGCGUGUAGAGUAACUUUCACAUAUUGACUUCAGUUUCCUUCAUUUUGGAGGAGUUUUCUCCUCUGGGAAAGACUCAUAGCUCAGUGGGAAAGUGCAUAUUUUACAUGCAAGUCUCAGGUUCACUUACUUAUGCUUCUAAUUAAGGAUCCUUUUGGAGCAGUGUUGGGAAGAGGUUCCAGAAGAUAACCUUUGAGAGCUGUUGCCAUUCAGAGUAGUCCCUUUGGGACACUUUCUUUGGACUUUAAAAGCAGGCUAUAAAUCUAGGUUAGGUUAAUAAGUAAGCUAAAACAGUUCCCUGUGUUAACUAGCUUUUUUGAAAGCAGAAAUCCAGGAGGUGAAUGAGUCCCUAUGUAUUAUCUGCAUUCUAGAAAGAACUGCACCUGUUUUUUUUCUACCUGACAUGCUGAAGACACAGACAGAAGCUGUGGAUAAUAAGGCAUGGCUGAAGUACCUUAUGCUAACUAUGAUUUUGCAGCAAACUUCUCUAUAACUUUACAUAAGUUUUAUAUCAGAAAAUGCAAUUGGAAAGACAUAUAGCAUACAAUAAUGUCUUAAGAAAUCUAUUUCAGGCUACAGUUUUUUGUCUUAAACCAAGCUGCACAUUGGCAUAAAUCUCUCAUCUCUCAAAACAUAAAACCUGGGCAGAGUUUCUUAACCGAAGGUUGUGUCACACCAGCUGUUGCAAAGUCCCUUCUUUGUGGCAAAUUCUUCCCCUGCUGCACUGUGACAGUAUUGCACUGCGAAAUGUGGACAUGAAUGACUAUGUAAGAGGUAUUGUGCACUUUUGGUAGCAAGGCCUGCCAUUUUUGUGUGAUGCAAUUACCCUGCAGCGCAACGUGCGGGAAAUUCAACCCAAAAGUAAUCAUAGACUUUGUCCCACACGGGGAUCAAACCUGCAACCUUGGUGUUACCAGAACCAUAAUCUAACCAGAGCUAGGACUAUCUGCAUAACCCCUAGUUGAGAAAUCCCCCAGGAUCAAUUUAAUUGUUUUGCCCUGUUUUGCAAAACAGGGAGACAUAUUUAUUCAGAAUUUAUCAUUUUAUUCAGUGUUUCGCAUGAGAAGAGUGAGCAGUGUUUCUAAGGACCGGACUUGUGGCUAUUUGCAGAGGAAUAACUGAAUUUUUAUACCUUUCCCCUAACCCUUUAACAAAUUAAGUGCUUGCUAAUUAGAGAUGCCCCCUCUUCCAGAUGUUUAUUGUCAGUGGUUUUAAAUAGAUUAAAGAUAUGCAUUCCAUAAAAAAGCCAAUAUAACCCUAAAUUCUUUAAACAGCAAGGAAGAAAUACUGGUUAACUAAAUUCACACGGUGGCACUGUUGAGCUGUCUUUCCUAUUCAUCUGUCGAGCAGGGUUUUAUUAAUCUUCUUUUUAGAAAUUUUAUGUCACUUCUAGAGUUAUUGAGGUUAAAACAUUUGAAGACCAUCACGUUCUGUGAUUCCCCCCCCCCCCCAGUAAUUUGUGUUUAUCUUAGUCUAACGGUGUGUUUCAAAAAUCAGCUUUUCUUAAUGCAUUGUGAAUAUUUUUUUAAAAAUAGUAUUUGUAGACUGCAGUGUUUAAAGCAGUAGAAAUCCUGUUGAAUUUCGAGAAAAUUCCUGUACUUUAUACUUAGGAUAAUCAUUCUUUCACUGUGACAGGAUUUAUCUAGUUCUGUUACGGAAAGGAAGAGCACCGUAUUGUUCAACUAGAGCAGAAGGCCUCUCUCUAAAAUAUUAAUUAUUUUUUAACGGUGGAGUAAGUUGGGCUUAAAAAAGAUGUAUCCUCAGAGGGCUUGGAGCCAUCUGCUAGUUUGACUUUGUGUGUUAAAUGUCACCUACAUUCUGCUGAGGCGUGCAGAACCAAGGAGGUUGCUUCCCAGAAUAUGUACAUCUGUCACAUUUCCUUAAUUCUCGACAACCACAACCUUCUUUUCUUUCUCUAGAUCGUUUCCUUUUGCCAACAUAUCACAUGGCAAUAGGUUCCCAGUAUGUGAAGUGGAAAAGUUAUCAUUGGGACGAUCGCAGAAUGGAAAGGCUAGGUGCAGGUCAGUCUUAUCUAUAGAUAGUCAACUUGGUUUUGCAGUCAACUAAUUCCCACCUUGGGAGGGAUGCGGGGGGCGCUGUGGGUUAAACCACAGAGCCUAGGACUUGCCGAUCAGAAGGUCGGCGGUUCGAAUCCCCAGGAUGGGGUGAGCUCCUGUUGCACGGUCCCUGCUCCUGCCAACCUAGCAGUUCGAAAACACGUCAAAAGUGCAAGUAGAUAAAUAGGUACCACUUCAGCGGGAAGAUAAACAGCGUUUCUGUGCACUGCUCUGGUUUGCCAGAAGCGGCUUAGUCAUGCUGGCCACAUGACCCGGAAGCUGUACGCCGCUUCCCUCGGCCAAUAAAGCGAGAUGAGCGCCGCAACCCCAGAGUCGGCCACGACUGGACCUAAUGGUCAGGGGUCCCUUUACCUUUACUAACUCCCACCUACUGGCAUUUAGGCUUGGUAAAGCAGACGAUAAAUUUCUGUAUUUACACUGCAACCCGUUCUAGACAAUACCGAGCUAGAUGGACCAAUGUCCUGAAAGCUUCCUGUGUCAAAAAAUGAAAAGAUAAGAAAACAGUCCUGGGAUUAUGGGCCAGGACUUUGUGUACUUGCCUCUUGCUUGCUGGAAGGGAAGGCGAAUAUGUUUCUCUCUGCUGGGCACAGGAGGAAACAAAAAAAGUAAAAUAGUGGGUUUGGAGAGAUGCUGUGAAUUGUGCCUGCAGACCAUGAGUAGUGAUAUGACCAGGUCAACUAAGUUUGCACUAAGUAUGAACCCAUUUUACCUAUGGGUAUGCCUGAUUCCUAACCACUAAAGGACAAAGUGGCUGAUCAAACUGACCAUAAGGUUUCUUUUCUGUGGAAAUGUUUGGAGCGAGUUCUACAGAACGUUAUAGAAUGGCUAUAACGUUAUGUGGAGCUACCAUGCGAUAGGAAAAAGUAAGGGAAUCUGAUCCAACUUCUCUAUUGUGUGCCGAGAAAGAAAUAGUUGUGUUCUUAAUGGCUUGUUGUACAUUAACCUGCAGUAUAGAGAGUCCUGUGUGUCUUGGCUGCUGCAUUUACUUCAAUGGAGAGGGCAGCUCUGUGUGUGCAAAGGGGUGUAUUUGUAAAAGGGGACGCCCUUGUAGGUUGUAUAUUUAUUGCUGUGACUGUACUGCGUACACAAUCACUGGUUUAAGAUGCUGCUUUGUUGGAUAGUUUAGGAUGCCAUAUAAAUUGCAAGGCAAGCCAUUGGAGAUGUCCCUUUAUAGAAAAAAAGUGGCUCUGGGACUAGGUAGCUGGUCUCAAUUAUGAGAAUGAUAGAAAUACACGAUAUAUGAAACAUGAAGGGAUCACUUUCAUGUUAAAGAUGCCAAAUCAAGCCUGCUGUUGUUUGUGAGUAUAUAAAAUAAAGCAACUGCCUCUUCAUUUUUAGGAAAAUUGUUGGUUUUUAAAAUUGUAACCUUGUGUCCUUUUGUUACAUUAUACGUGUGCUUUCCCUUAAUAAUUUUGGAACACCCGCAUUAUUGUGGGUGCGAUGUUAUAAUAAAGAAUUUCACUAAGGUGGCUUGUAGUGAGGAUCUUUCAUUUACAUGCUAUUUGAUUACUAAAUUAAUGUAGUAUCAUUCUUCGGCAUUGUACGCACCAUAUGUCUGAAUCGAAUGGAUUGAUCGCAGAAUAUUAACAGUUUUACAGUUCAUAUUUCUACAUCUGCCACCUUCAGUGUUUUCACUGAUUAGGUGCCUUUUGCUCUAAAUCUGCAGCUUUCCUGAUUUUGUCUUUGAUUAGCUGUCAUAUUUAAUUGGUGGAAUCUAUGAAAUGCUUAACACUGCAUUGUCAUUGUAUCCCCUUACAGCUUUUAACUGUGAUAUGUUAUUACUUUCGACAGACCAUUUUUUAUGUUGCUGGCCUAUGACUGAGUGAAGGUUUGGGUAAGCAAUCUGGUUAUUUGGCCAUAAAGUUUGGCCAGUGCUAGGAAACAGUGUAAGCAGAUGUUCCACUUAUCACCAAGCCUUCACUUUCUCAUCUAGCAUUCCCCAUUCCUAUUUUGUUGCAUAUAUUUCUUUUUUAAUCUCACAAUUAUCUCUGGGCAUAUCUCUAGUGCCACAUGGAUGAUAUCUCCUGUAUCCAGGGGUUGGGUGAAUCAAUCAAUGUUGGUUUCUCAUUUUUCCAACCAUAAGUUCUGUUCCCAUUUCCACAUCAGUUUGUGAAUUGUUUUUAAAGUCCUCAUGGAAAUUCUUUAAACCCAUCAGCUGAUUUCUCCUAAGAAGAUUUUCCCUAAUGGAGUCAUUUUUGAAAAGCGAUUUUCCCCAAUAUAAUGCAUUUUUCAGCAAUUUGCAUACUUUAUCCUAGUAUGUGCAUUUUGGGCACGUUCCUUGGCUAUAGAAUGUCAUUUCUAAAUUCAGAGAAGUGUAAAUUUUGAGGUAUGGCUGUGUUUCAGUUUGCAUAUUGUUUUGGAAGGUCUGAAUUUGGUAGGUUUCUCUCUAAAUGCGAAUUUAAUCCCUACCAAUACCUGCAUCCUUCUCUGAACAUUGUCUGUCUGUCACUGCCUCCCCAGCAUUUUGUGGCAUCUUCUUGCAAACUGGACAGGAGCAUUUUCAUUGGGAGAAAUGAAAGGAAAUCUUAACUACAUUCAUUCAUUCAUUCAUUCAUUCAUUCAUUGAAACGUUGGUCUUUUGUCCAAAAAUCUUCCAGGGAGCUGGUGCUGUUUCAUACAAAGUAUAUUUUCUGUCCAUGCAAGGAUAUGUAAUAUAUGAAGUAGCAGAUAAAAGGAAUUAAAUCCACGGGCAAGUAUAAGGCAUGGCAGCAAUUCUUCCAGCCACAGGAUUUGCAGGAACUGAUGCUAUUUAUAACUACGGCCAACCAGUUCUUAUAUUACUUUCUCCCUGCAAAGGCACACAAAGAGAAGGUACAGGGCUAUUUGUGGGUGAAUUUGAAUAAGUUUUACUCAGAGUCAACUCAGUGAAACUAAUGAACAUUGAAGCCUUUUUCCUAGGUAUUAUAGGUGAAGAGUUUCCAAGAGAAGAUAAAAUACUUUUUAUGUAUGCAACAACGGCAGUGAGAAGGCUACUAGCUCAGAGAUGGAAGGAAGGAGAAAUACCAACAAAAGAAAAAUGGCAGAUGAAACUGAUGGAGUAUGUGGAAAUGGCGAAAAUGACAGGGAGG